UCAUGUCUGAACUAUCAGAUCCAAAGUGGAUGUGUGACUUUGCUGUGUUGUGUGACAUAACCGACCAUCUCGCCCAGCUGAAUCAGAAGCUGCAGGGACGCAAACAAGUCAUCACGCAGAUGUCCGACACGAUCACGGCUUUCCAGCGUAAAUUGGACUUAUGGAUGUGGCAAGUGAAACAGGACAAUCUUGUUCACUUUCCUGUUUGUCAGAGCAUGUCAGCCUCAUUUCCCGAGACUUUUUCAUGUGCUCAGUUGGCUACCAAACUGAGCUGGUUAAAGACUGAGUUUGAUCGGCGCUUCUCUGACUUCAGAGCACAACAGUCUGGCUUUGACAUCUUUGCCAAUCCUUUCACCACCGAUGUUUGCACUGCACCCCAACACCUUCAGAUGGAGCUAAUUGAGCUUCAAAGCGACAGUGGCCUGAGAGCAAAGUUUCAGGAUGCUACAAUCCAGGACUUUUACCGUCUGCUGCCUCCUGGUUUGAUGCCACAGCUUCGACUUCAUGCUGCCCGUGUUCUGUCCAUGUUUGGGAGCACCUAUCUGUGCGAACAGUUUUUUUCCAUAAUGAAUCUGAACAAAAACAAGCACAGAUCACGCCUCACGGAUGACAACCUCCAUGCUGUUCUACGCAUUGCCUCAGCACAGGACCUAAAACCAGACAUUGACACACUGGUAACGGGAAAACGGUGUCAGACAUCUGGUCAGAAAACACACAGAACAUGAUCAAUCGAUAGUAGAGAGAGAAUCCACUUGGUGUGUUCAAGGACAGGCAGCAUCUCCUCAUCAAAGACUAACCGAAAAACUUGACCAAUAUAGUUGUGAACUGAGUCAACCUUUAUUUUGGUAUUUUUAGUUGAUUACAUAUUAUUUAUGUGUAGCUGCUGUAGUAAUUAUUUAAUGUUUGCAGGUUUAUGUGUGUAUGCAGACAAAUUGUCAUCAAACCAUCAGUUGGGUGCACGGCUGUGUGCAGCCUUUUUUUGUAAAAUGCUACAUGUGUCAUACAUGUUCUUUGCAGCUAAGUUUUAUGUUAUUUUUCUUUAUUCACUUGGACAGUUUGAUCCUUCAUUAAUGGAGUUAUGUGGGUUUUCAUAAGCUGACAAAAUUUAAAAGGAUUUAUGUUAGAGCUACAAGCAAACAUAUAUUUUCUAUGCAACUGUAAUUGUCACUUGAAUAAGUUAUAAUAAAUAAUGAGUUAUUUAACAUUAA